AUGGCUGGUUUCCAGCCUGAGGCAAUAGGAAACUACUAUCUUCCUCGAGCAAAGAUUCAACCUCCGGAUUCCCUUAUACGGGCUCUGUGGCCAUGGAUCGAUCAGUGGCUUGCUUGGUUCAAUUCUAACGACCCUACGAAUGAGCCGCCUCCUAGAGAGGCUACUAGCCCAGAAGAUCGAGAUGACAUGGCAGCCCAAGGAUUCUUACACCUGCUUAAUCAACUACGGAUCAUCAUCCUUCAGGACUCAGUUCUGCUUCGGGCACAAUUUCCUCAACAUUCAAUGUGGGAUGACCCUAUUUUUGCACGAGAAGACUAUACUACAUUUGCAGAGCAAAUACGGCAGUCCCUUCUUUGCACAGAGACCCCUCAGGAGAUUCAGCUUCGGCAGACCCUUCCUAUUAUCGCCGAUCGUCUUAGUGUCCUCCAGAAGGACAUACACCAGGCGGUUGAUCUUCACGGCUAUCAGGCUCAAGAACAGCUUAGGAACAUUGCUCGCCAGCUUCAGGAUCUCCUUUCUGGUCAAGUCACCUUUGCGGUACGGGCUAUAGACAGCUCUACUAUUAGAGCACGGACGCCGGACUCAUUUUCUCCUUCUUCUCAGCUAGCAGCAUGUCUAUCUGAGGCAUCAGCUAUACAACCUCCUACUCCUACUCCUUCAGAAGAGCAGCAGCUAUCCUCUUUGUCUCCCUGUGGAUCUCUCUACUCCCUCUCUCGUACGAUCCAGACUGUGCCAGAUGUCUGGAGAGAGUGGACAUGUGGGUUAGGCGCAAAUCCAUCUGUCCAGUCAUUGGAGAGAUCAUACGGUGCAACCUGGCGGCCGUCCUCUCGCGAGAGGGUCAUGUUCUGUAGGCGAAAAGUCAUCGUGGAUGAGAUAUAUGCUAGACAUGGUAAGGGACAGUCUCUGGAUGCGGCUGUUGAGGAACUUGAGCUUGUACGGUGCAGAGGCAAGCUUUCACUUUACCAGCUGUCUCAGCUACUCUCAAAAGCUCGCUAG